GAAUCAAACCAUCCAAAUCAUCAAAUCAUUCCACAUUGUGAACUUCAAUACUUACUUGCCCCGUCCACUGUUGCCCAAAGCAAAACAAGUCAACAUGCAUUUCCGAACUGUGUCGGUUUUCUUGGCCGUUCUUAUUGCUGCUGCUUCCGCAGCUCCUCCAGGGAACCCUCCUCCAGCGCACCCUGAUCCAGCGCACCAUCCUCCCACGCACCCUGCUCCAGUGCACCCCGCUCCAGCACACCAUCCUCCAGCGAAGCAUCCUGCGCACCCUGCUCCAGUGCACCCUGAUCCGGCCCACCCGGCUCCAGCGGACCAUCCACCAGUGCACCCUCCAGCGAACCAUCCUCCCGCGCACCCUGCUCCAGCGAACCAUCCUCCAGCGAACCAUCCUCCAGCGAACCACCCUCCAGUGAACCAUCCUGCGCAUCCUGCUCCAGUGCACCCGGCUCCAGCGCACCCCCUCCCUCCUUGCAAGCCUGGACACGCCUGGCCCGAUCACCAAGACUGCCACAGCUUUUUCGAGUGUGCCGCCGGGAGUCAGCCUGUUCGGAAAACCUGUGGUCCCGGAGCCGCAUACUGUUGGCAAACCGGUGUUUGUGUCCCCGAGGAGAAGGUGCCGAGUUGCCCUAACCCAGGGCCUGCACUCCUCCCCAAAGGCCAUGGUCAUCCUGGACCCAAGGUUCACGUCUGAAGAUGGUAGGAAGAUGGCUUGACAGUGAUUUGUGACCCAUGAGAUGUCCCUGUACCACUUCCUGAGCCGUAUGGUUUGUCUUUGUUAGUUGUUAGUGGGAAUAUGGUAGGUUAGUUUUGAUGGCAUUUAUAAGUAUGCCGUAUUUCAGCUGUGUUAGUGUAUCUCUCUCCUAAUUCAAUUGAACCUAAUCAAUACUGUGCUUGGU